GCAGGGCGGUGACGUCAGAGCCGAGCGACCAAUAUUAUGUGACAGCAACAGGCCUGCUGUGUCAGAAAGAAGGUCGUGGGCAGAAAGUAGGAUGGAGCGGGCAGCGGGGCUGUGGAGGCUCCGGCAGCUUUACCCCUGUCUUCCAGGGAUAAAGGCCCAGUGCUGUGCUACAGUCCGUGCUACCGUCCAUGCUGGGUCCGUCAGACAUUCUAGCUCAGGACUUCACGCUGAUGAAGAAAAGGCCUUGUUGGAUCGGAUCAUACGGGUGGAUCAUGCCGGAGAAUAUGGAGCAAAUCGCAUUUAUGCCGGGCAGAUGGCCGUGUUGGGCAGAUCCUCUGUGGGACCCAUCAUUCAGCAUAUGUGGGAUCAGGAGAAGGAUCAUUUGAAAAAGUUUACUGAAUUAAUCAUUUCAAACCGAGUGCGGCCUACGGCUCUGCUGCCCUUCUGGAACGUGGCUGGGUUUGCUUUGGGGUUUGGGACGGCUCUGCUGGGGAGGAAAGGUGCCAUGGCCUGCACUGUGGCUGUAGAAGAGAGCAUAUCUAAUCAUUAUAACAACCAGAUCAGAGCACUCAUGGAGAGGGACCCUGAAAAGCACAAGGAGUUACUACAGACGAUCAAGACGUUUCGGGAUGAGGAGCUGGAGCACCACGAUACAGGGCUGGAACAUGAUGCAGAACUGGCCCCAGCUUAUUUCCUGCUGAAGAACGCCAUACAAGUGGGAUGCCGAGCCGCUGUGUACUUAUCAGAGCGCAUAUAAGGAAAGGACUUGGUAAAGGACUU